CCCAUUGAAGUUUGGUAUGCAGAAGUGCCUCAUGAUACAGAUUCAACCCUUCAAAGUGGCCGAAAACAACAUACUCUGACGUCUCCUCCAGCCUUUGGGCAAUGAAUUCUGAACCAGGAGCUCUUCGCCCCUCACCGGGGGGAACCAUCCACCAGUCUCAAGGUGGCUCCAUCCUUCAUUUUCCUGGAGGCUCCAUCCAUUCUUCCUCUUCUGGUUCAAUCAGCUCAGGAGAUGUGGGGCGUGUAUUGUCCUCAAAUGUUCGGCGGCUGCAUGGUGCCCUGACCCGACUGCUCAGUGACCAGGAACGGGAGCAGCUUCUGCAUUGUCUGAGACUGUACCACUCUCGCCGAAACGUAUAUGAUCUGGUGAGGACCCUACGCCUCAUAUUGCGGCCUCAGGAUCAGAGACAGCUAUUCCCCAUGCUGCGCCUUGUUAUCCCACGCUCUGACCAACUACUAUUCGACCAGUAUACCUCCGAAGGCCUCUAUAUAAAGGAUUUGCCAGCUGGGCAAUCUGGUUAUAGUUCAGUUCUAUCUGAUGGGGUGUCAGGGUUCAGCACACCAGUAUAUGGCACAGGUCCUGCAUUCAGCAGCCCAGUUCCAGGAACAACCCCAUCCAACAGUAUCCCAGUAACAGGAACAUCUCCUGCCUUCACUAUUUCAGUACCAGAGACAGCCUCUGCCUUGAGAGUUCCAGCACCAGGGACAGCUCCUUCCUCCAGCGCACCAAUGCCUGGGGCAGCGCCUGCGCUUAGUACGCAGACACUUGGAGCCAUUCUAACCCCUGGGGUUCCGUAUGCUGGGGCACAUGCAGGUUUUAGCAACUCCACCCCGGGGACCUCCACACCUGAAGUCCGCCAAGUCAUAUUGAAAAGGAACCGGAACCAAGAGGGUCUGGGGUUCAGCAUCCGUGGCGGCAUUGAACAUGGGAUUGGCAUCUACGUGUCACUGGUAGAACCUGGCUCACUGGCAGAAGAGGAAGGAUUAAAAGUUGGGGACCAGAUUCUGAAAGCUAAUGGCCGAUCCCUUGACAAAGUGAGCCACGCAGAAGCAGUGAAGGCACUGCGGGGCUUUCAGAAGUUGGUUCUGUCUGUUCUCUCAUCCGGCCGAGUACCUAGUGGACAUGUGUCCAGUCAUAUAUACACCUGGGUUGACUCGCAAGGCCGUAGUGUCUCCCCACCAGGAGGUCCCACGCACCUUCACAGCCCAUCGAUGGUGGGCCAGGACAAAGAGAAGAGGAGUAAUUUACAGCUGCUGCAGGAUGGAGACGAGAAGAAGGUGAACUUGGUGUUGAGAGAGGGGAGCUCACUUGGGUUACUGAUACGAGGAGGCGCUGAGUAUUCCCUUGGGAUUUAUAUCACUGGAGUGGACCAAGGCUCGGAAGCUGAAAGUGCUGGACUAAAGGUGGGAGAUCAGAUUCUAGAUGUAAAUGGUCUCAGCUUCCUCUCUAUCCCACACGAUGAAGCCGUACAAAUUCUUCGUUCUGCCCGACACCUUAUGAUGACCGUCAAGGAUGUUGGUCGUGUCCCCCAUGCGCGGACUAUUGUGGAUGAGACUCAGUGGCUCACCAGUUCCUACACUGGAAAUGGAGACCCACCGUCUACAACCGGGGCUCCGUGGAACCACUCUGAGACCCAGGCAAAGCCAGUGUUUUAUCGUGGCCCGACUGGAUCACAGGUUACUCUGAGCAGUCUGGGAAACCAGAACUUGGUUGUUUUGGAGGAGAGGGCACGGAUGCUCUUGACCGAGCCAGAGAGAAGCACCAUGUACUACUACCUCCAACAGUACAAAGAGAGACAUAUCCCGGUGCAAGCCCUGAUCAUGGCUAUGUUUGAGCUGCUCAACACUCAAGCCAAGGUAAUUUCAGAGGGGUUCUCCCUCUUGUCUGAGAUCCGACCCCAGAUCUCCCCGCAGGAUCUGGCUCUGUUUGACAAUAUGGUGUUGAAGAAGGAGAUUGAGUCAAUGAAAUCCCGACAGCUUUCGGCAGACGCAAUCUCUGUCCUGUCUCAGAGUCCAAGCAUUUCAUCCACAGAAAGCCAACAAACUGCCAGGGAACGUCUCCUCUGGCUGCUGGAUGUUAUGGAGAAUGGAAAGGACCCUGAAGGGAGUGUAGACUCUGGGAGCCUCACUCAGACCACUCUGCCUGAUAUCUCCCUGGAUGAUGUUGGUUCACUUCUUGAAGAACCACCAACAUUCCAACCAGUUCCACCUCCAACCACUGAACGUCAGCCACCUUCAAUGCGGAAGCAAGGUGGAGAGCGAGCAGAGCGUCCCUCCUCUGGGUCAUCUCAUUCAGGGCUUUUCUUCACUGUGCCCUCCAAUCCCAGCCCACCAUUGCCAUCUGUUACUACACCUUCCGCUUCCCCUCAAACCCAAAACUCAAACAAAGCAAUUUAUGCCUCCAUCUCCCCCAAAACUCCUAAAACACCUGCUCCACAGCUGGCUCUGGUCACGCAGGUGCCGCUCACACCGUUCCCUAGGGUGCAGUCCCCUUCGCAGCUAAAAGUGACACCCGAGAGCCCCACUCAGCCUCCCAUGCCAUCUCACGGUACUGCCGCAGACACGCAGAACAGUCAACAUUUCGUGAUGGUUGAGGUUCAUCGCCCCAAUAGUGAACCCGAUGUGAAUGAAAUCCGAGCUGUACCCCAAACACGAGCCGUCCUGCCACUCUCCCCCCCAGCCUCCCUCUCUCAGCUCUCAGACAGUGGGCAGACACUCAGUGAGGACAGCGGAGUGGACGCAGGAGAAGUUGGAGGGGGCAGCAAAGACAGCAGCCCUCAGCCCCAGAAAUCCAAAGGCUCGGAGGCGAUGGCUAAACCGCCAGGUUUGCUGGAGCCAACUGCAACCCUAAUACGUGUCAUGAAAACUGCACCUACCUUGGGCAUAGCCAUUGAAGGAGGAGCCAAGACACGCCAACCACUGCCACGUAUUGUGACUAUACAGCGAGGAGGCUCUGCACACAACUGCAGCAAGCUUAAGGUGGGCCAAGUUAUUCUAGAAGUGAACGGGAUCUCCCUGCAGGGUAAGGAACACCGAGAAGCAGCCAGGAUCAUCGCCGAAGCCUUCAAGACCAAAGAGAAGGACCACAUGGACUUUCUGGUCACAGAGUUUAACGUGUCUCUAUAGUAGGCCCUUGGGAUGUUCUGAUCAGAGUAUGACCCAACCAGGGCUCCGUGCCACGAGAAACAUGUACUAUAUGCUACUGUGCAUACUGUGUAGCUGCCAUCUGUGUGCUCUUGCUGCGUAAGUGGUCCUGCCAUUACAGCGUAUGGCUUUCGCAUCCACAGAGAGCGUGAUAAUCAACGCAGAGCUGGGGGGUUAGAGAGGCUAGCAUCAAUAAGUGGUAAGGGACAUCGCGGAGAAUAGGUAGCAAGAGAUUCAAACCAAAAGUGGUAAAAGCUAUCCACAGGAAGAAAGUACAGGCCAUUAACAGUACAGACUAGACAGAGAUAACACCAUCAACGAGAGGAGUCCCAAGUGAUAAAUCAGAGUAGAUAGGUGUAUACACUAGACAUGAGAGCAGAGGAAAAGCUGCUCAGACAUAAGAUACGAUAUAGGAGGACGGAGAGAGCUGCUGGUUGGCUUGUCUAUACGACACAGCGCAGGUCCCGUCACCGUACUACUGCUCUGUGUCUGUCCGAUUCUUUGCAGGGAGUAAAGUGUCCUUUCCCCCCACCCCAUCCAUCCGGCUACAGUGUGUGCGUGAUGUGCAGCCCACGCUGGGAACAUUUGUGUAAAAUCUAUGUAAUUACAGAGCUCGUCACUUUAAUUUUUCAAUAAACCUCAUAUAAAUCAAA